AUGACUCGCAGGACUCGCGGCGACGGAUGGGUAUCUCGGACGCGUCGCAGCGUCGUCGAGACGGUUCGUGAACGCAUACACCACGACAUCGUCGAAAUGAUCGCCCCGGGCGAUAUCGGCGGCCGGUCGAUCGGAGCGAACGGCAGCGGCGCGGAUUGGCUCAAUGGCGAGCUCGCGAGGGCGGUGCAUGAUAAGUUCGAGGACAUGGUCAGGGCGUCGCCGGUGCCCACGCGCGCCGAACGCGACGCGUUCGACGGAUUAGUGAAAUAUCUUCCAAUGUCGGGGUCGUCGAACGGACUCGUGAAGUCGAAUGCGCGGACGCCGGGGUCGAAGGCGCUUCUGCUUGGCGACGCGAGCGACAACGGCGGGAGGACGCGCUCCCCGAACGGCGGUGGGGGAAGAGAGUUGUUCGCGAAUUUGACGUCGCCGCCGCCGUCGUUUCGGUCGCCUCACGCGGGCGACGGCGGCAGGCGAGAUCGUGGCAGAGCGGAUGGCGGCGUCGAACCCUCGAACGCGGGUAUCUCUCUGGACGACCUGAUUCUUCGGCGACGCUCAGUUGGCGAAGGCGGCACCAAUGUGGGGAUAUUCUCCCCGCCGCCGUCACCCCCGAGAGGCAGCGGCUCUCGAAAGAAAAGAGGACGGCCACUCAAGUUGAAAACAUCACCGAUGAUGCGCUCGUUCGAUGAUGACGAGGAGGAAAUGGACCCGCAGUCAGAACGCGGCGCGAGGGGUUCAAGAGACGACGGCGGCGACGAUUUCAAGCGCGGUAGGACGAACAAAAGCAACCCUCUCACGAAGCUCGCGGAGACGGCGUCCAAACCUGCCGGGAAUGACAAAACAACGAAAUUAAAGAGGAACGCGGACGCGAAGUAUCUCCUCGCGCCGAGACGGACGACUCGAAUCGAGAGCGACAGUGACGACGACGGGAACAAAGUUGUGCACGUUCGCGCGGGUGUGAAGACGGCUCCGUCGAAAAAGACUGGCGCGAAGAAAGGGAGUAGAGAAGCAGCCGCGCUACUCGCGGCAGCGUCUAGGAUACAACAACGCGCGGUCGUGGUAUCCCUGAUGACACGCAAGACAGGGUAUCGAGAGAGCGCCGAGAAUGUCGAGGACGACACAGGCGGCGGCGGCCGCGGAGGCUUGGGUGGGAAGUCGACCGGCAGGCGUGAACGCCGAGCGCCGAGGGCGUUUUGGAUAAACGAGGGCGUUCCGGGCAGGGUCAUGGGAUCGUUCAAACCAGCGUUAGACCCGUUCAACACGCGGCCGAUGUCGCCGAACGUGCGAGGCCGCAUUCGAUCGCAAGUUCACGCGUCAAAGAGCGGCGGUGGCGUUCGCGCUCACGCUCGCCCAGGGAAGAAGAAGAAGAGCGCCAGAAAGAGCGAAAAGCGAAGAGCGAGGUCGUCGCGAGACUCCGAUUCCGGUUCUGAUCCCGACACCGACUCCAGCGCCGACUCCGACUCUGACUCCGGGUCGUCCGAUUCGGACUCGGACGACGCGCCACUGGCGUCGCGCGGGAAGAAACGGGGAAGACCAAAAAAAAAGAUUCCAAGCGCGGGAAGACCGAAAAAGCUGGCCGCGAAAAAGAAGAACGCGUUCGGCGCCUCAAACAUAAAGGUACACGAUUCAUCGACGACGGAUAGAACAUUGGACGACGCCGUAUUGUCAGGGGACACGGAUGACGACGCGACUGCCACCACCGGAGUACCGUCCGCGUCUGAAUCCGAGCCGCCAGAACAACUGUCGCCCGCAACGACGGCAGACGCGCGAAAGAGAUCGUCGAUUGCGAGGAAGGACGCUCGCACAUCGACGCAGGAGUUAAGUAAAUCACCGAACGCAACACAUGUUGCCGCCCCAAACGCGAAGCGACGAGAUGCACAGAAGGAUGCUGCUGCACUCAUCACCGCGGCGAUCGUGAGCGCGGCGCCGGCGACGUCGCCGACCGCGGGCGGCAGCCAGAAAGCAAAAGCGACGAAAACGGCAGAUAUAGUGAUUCAGGCGGCGGGAUUUGACGUGGGCGUGGAAAUCCCUGGCACGGGUGCUGCAGAAGCGAAGAGGGAGUGUUCUGUGGACGACGCAGGGAAUGACACAGCCAUGCAGCUGUCGCCACCGCGGCCGCCAGAGGGGACGAAGAAUGAAACGUCUGGUCCAGCGGAUACAACUGCUACAGCGACGACCGCGGACACUCUCGCAACCGGCAGCUCUGCAUCGAAGAGUAAACGCGGAGGGAAACGCCCAGGGGCAGGAAGACCGCGUAAGAUUCGCCUGGAGGAUGGCGCCAACGGCGCAGGAAAAAUCCCCGCGGGCCCGCCAAAGCGACGAGGUCGACCGCCAAAAAACCCUAACCCCGACGGCAGUGCAGGAAAGCCUCCGAAGAGCGGCAUCACGAAGCGACGAGGUCGACCGCCGAAGUACGUGCCGAUCACUAUCGCAUCGUUCGCGGAUGGUGGCGCCCGUGAAUUGGAAUGCGAUGGCGCAGAGAGACCGACGCUCUCGAAGCGCCUCGCCGCCGCAGUCGCAGGCGUCGGCGACGGGUCGUUGUCACCGCUACGGGUGCCAAAAGACGAUACGCCGCGGACGAAUGAAUGGAAGCUUAAGAGUUUGGAGAUAAUGGAAGCCGCUGCUGCGCCAGUAGCAUCAGGACGAAAAAAGAGGGUGUUGGGGAAGCGCAAGGAAUCUGCGGACGCUGCUGCAGCAGCGGCGGCGGCGGCGGCGGCGGCGACGACAGAGACGCACGCCGACGCGCGGCGAACGGACUCGCGCCAGACUCGCGUGACGUCAACGCCAAGCCCGAGAAAGAGACAUAAACUUUCCGAACCCGCAGUAGAAGUCACCGGACGGACGCCUCCUAAGGAGCGCCAGGCGAAGAGAGAGAAAAGAAGAGAAAAUAAGCCGGAUGAUGGCGACGGCGGAGGAGGUGGGGACGACUACGACGAUGAUGCGUUCGCGGCGUUCAACUUUCACGCUGAUGGCACCCCAAAGACGACUCCGGUGAAAGCGGUGCCGCUCGGGUUGCGGGGAACGCCCACGGGCGCAGCCGCGGCUGGGCUCGCCGCUGCAGGACUCACAUCGUCCCCGUAA